AUGGUAUUGGCAGACAAGUUAAACGUGUCACCUGUUGUGCUGGCUCGGAUCAUCCUUGAGAAACACUGCACAGAUGCUGAUGGAAAGCCUCCGUCUCGCAGUAUGCUAUCACAGAUGAUGAAGGACACCGCAACCAUAGAUGAUCCUAUACUUGCAGACGAAGUCCAACUUUGUGUAUUGGAGGAUGCUCAUUAUGGUCCUGUAGUUGAUAGCAUCAGGAGGUCUAUAGGAUAUGAGUAUGAGUAUAAGCUACAAGAAAUACUUACGUCGCAGGGGGUCGUCGAGGCGGCCAGCGACGCGGCGAUUGCUGCGGGCGUGCGGUCGCGCUCGUUGUUGCCGACGACAACGAGCGAGAUGGCCGGCGCGACGCGCAGACAGUGA